UAUUUAUUAUUCAGCGUGACCGACGAUAUCAGAACACAACACAACACACAGCAACGACCAGCUCGCGUCCACCCUCUCAUUUCACUUCAUUUACUCUCUGUCGAGUUUUUAUACACCGAGCUAAAAUGAACCGAAUGGGGAGUAUGUGCACGUUUGACGAAGUCAGGUGGGAUGACAGAACGAACGGGCACAGAACACUCAGACUGACUCUCCACGAGCUGAACCAGCAGCAGCCGCCCCCCACAGAUAAGCCAAUUGGCAGAGCCUUUGCUUUGGUACAACCAACUUUUGAGAGACAACCACUGAAGUCUGAUCUGAUCAAGCAGUCUGAGGACCAGGGUGAGGUCAUCAAGGUUUAUCUGGAAGACCGGAAAGAGGCACAAACCAGACAUCAACAGAGUCUAAAGAUGCUCUCAGAGGAAGUUUCACAAAUACAGGAGGUGAGAUACUGUCUGAAAAACCUCAGAGAGCAGAUGGCAGCUAAAAGUCACAGGACAGAACAUAAGCUGGUGUUAUCUGGUCCCAGAAAAGUUAAUGGCACUCAUUCAGCACUGACAAAGGCCCUAAAUGGUUUAGAGAGACAGGAAAGCAUGGAUGAGCAGGAAAAAGAGAAGAUGAGGGAGGCCAGUAAACGACUGUAUGCUCAGCUCCAAGAGGCAGAGAGAAAACACCAGGAGGAGAGAGAAAAACUCCUGGUGGAGGCCGAGCAGUAUAAGCAGCAGUUAUCUGAGCAGAGCGAGUAUCUGAAGAGGGUUCAGCAGAGCAAAGAGCAGCAGGAUCAGCAGAUCGAGGACCUGCGACGUCUCAUGGGCGGCAUGGAGCAGGAGAGCUCCACCCUCAGAGACCAGCUCAUGACCAAAGAAGCCGAGCUCCUGCAGCUGCGUGAACUGAGGGAGGAGGGCCAUGCGGGGAGGGAGAGGUUAGAAGAUCUGGAAAAGGAAAAUGCCAUUCUGAAAGAAAAGAUUCACCAUUUGGAUGACAUGCUCAAGAGUCAACAGAGAAAGCUACGGCAAAUGAUUGAACAGCUUCAGAACUCACGCAUGGUGAUUCAGGAGAGAGACCGAGUGAUCAGAGAGCUGGAGGAAAAGGUGGCCAUGUUGGAGGCAGAGAACAAACAGAUGCGUGAUCAGAUGGAUUACUACCUGGGGAGUCAAAGGUCAAACUCAUACCUGCCAUCAGAAGGCAAUGCUCAGAUCGUGUACAGCAAACCACUGAGACCAUCCACCCAGACCAACAAGAACCUGCCCUUCAUCAAGGUCAUUGAAAUUAAAUCAUGAACAUUACCACAGCAACACCCACAGUGAAGAAGAAUAAUAGCGACAUAACCAUCAAAGACCUUCACCAAAUUACAUGCCAUUGCUUUAAUGUCUAAAGGCCUUUUCUGCAAGAUUACUAACAGUGCCGAGUUACUGUUAUCGCCAUUACUACACAAUCUAGCUAUGAAUUAUCCAUUUAGAUUUGACAGAACAGGAACUGUUAAAGAGAACAUAUCCAUUAAUAUGAAGACAAAUGAAGAACUCAUCUUUGCGUUUGCAGAAUUGUGAAGGGCUUCUAGAUGGGUUGUGGUAUUUAUCUGAGGCUGGCCCUCUGAAGACGAUGUCUUUCACUCAACGUUAAUAGAUAGACAGAUUGUAUUGCUAAACACCCUCAUUGAGCUCUCCUUAUCUCUCGUAAUCUCCUUCGGUAUUAGCUCGGCUAAACUUCAGUGGGCUUUUGAGUUCACAGAAAUCACAGGUGAAAAUCUGUUGUAUUUAGUGUUGUACAACGGAUGGGAAGAAUUGUUUUAAAAGAAGCAAUGAAGGAUUUUUGUAUUAUUAUUGUAUCUAUCUGUAAAGGCAGGAAAUACGUUCCGUGCUGUUGUGGCUAUUUUUGCAAUCAUUCAGCCGAUAACCGAUGGUCCUGAAAGAACUUUAGGGUAGACGGUGAGUCAAGUUCAUCCUGAAACAAAAACUGCAACAAGUAUUUAUUUUUGCUCUACACGCUUUUCUCGACCAAAGAGACACAGCAGGGAGAAUCCAGUGACUCACCUUCUAUGAAAAACAAAGACGCCUUGUGAGUGUUUCAUAAGUUUGAAAGAAUGUAACACUUGUCCUCCAGUGAGCCACACCAGUUCAGACCAGUAGGGCACAGUGUGACCUCUGUCAUCCAGUCCAGCCGCCGCUGCAGUACAAUCUACGGUUACUCAGUUAGAUAUUUACAACAUUCAGUAAACUGCUUUUAUAACAUCUAGCUUGAGAAGUGAUGUGAUUGGCCGGAGCACCUGCCCUCCUCAAAGUAAUGUCAUGUGAACCAUUAAUACCAGAGCAGAGAUUAUUUAUGCUUCGUUAAUUUAUUUGUGGGCAGGGCUGUGUUGAAAAAUGCAUUUCAUGACCAUGUUUAUCCACCGUCACAUUUUGUAGAUAGUGUGUAUAUUUUGUCUUUGUGUGAACUUUUAACUGUAUGUGAAUUUCUUAGACAAGCUUCAUAUUAACAUCUUUUUAUUUUUUAAAUAAUAUUUUUUUGUAGUAAAAACGAGUGGUUUGCAACGCUUUAAUUAACGGCAUCUUGUAUAUUUAAAUAAAUUAGUUUCAUGAA